CUUUCUCUUUAUAAAUAAAAUUUCGCUUGAACUUGCCUUUGUAGAAUUAUUUUAUAGAUUUUUGUCGUAUUUUACGCUUUUAUUGAAAGCCAUCUACAUCUUAAAAUAAAAAGGCACUGUUUGCUGGUAUUUUUAGUCGGCGAAACAACAGGAAAAGAUCGAGAAAAGCUCUACAAUGGCUGAAAGUGGACGAUACACAAGGUUGACCGACUCAGAAAAUGCUACAGAGUCAGAGCGUGAACCGAUGCUCAACGACAAUGACACAACGCCACCUGUUCCCACCCCGUCGUCCGCACCUCUGCCAACUUCUCCACCUCCCUCUUACUCGUCAAGUACAACGGAACAAGAAUCGCCUUCAGGUAUAAACAGUGUGGAUGAAAUGCCUCCUGCAUACGACAUUGCUGCAAAACUGCCAACAUAUGAAGAAGCUGAAAUGACUAAACACUCCGAUUCGAGAUUCGAACCCGGUGGAGUAAGAGACCCGGACGAAUGUCGAGCUCAACUUGGCACGGAUAGUCUUUUUGCACUAUGUUUUCUUGUUUCCCUCAUUUUCAAUUGGAUUGGUUUCAUUUUUGCCUACUGCGUCACGGACACUGUCGCUGGUCGAUACGGUGCUCUGUCAGGAUUUGGUCUAUCGCUCAUAAAAUGGGUGUUCAUCCUGAAGCAUAGCAAAUGUUGUAAAGAUCUGGCUUUCGAGGAUGCAUGGUUGUGGUGGCUGAUCGCUCUUCUGGGUUGGUUGGUCUUCAUCCGUGGAAUACUUGUUUAUGCCCAGGUGAAGAAGAAUGUACGAGCUGGACACGCGAUCUACAUACCUCGUUAUUGGGGAUUAACCAGAGGGGAGUGAAAAAAGAACAGCAAUUUAGUAUUUCCGUUGACUGCCAUUUCGCCUUGUCAUAGGAAUUACGAAAACCAGCACAGCAGUACGUGUGUACUGCCAUUUACUAUUGUAUAUACAAUUUAGAUCAUAUGAUAUCAACUGCCUACUAGCCUAAUUGUAAUAUUGUAGUCGAAAUUAAAUAAAUGAAAAUAGGGUGUUGCCGGGUGUAAGAUCUGACUUUAGUUAUACUGAAAGUUAUA